AUGUCGUACAUCUGUCCCGUCCAAAGAAUCAACGCAAUUCACAUUAACGAUCCGUUGAAAUGUCUCAUCGGAGAUUUCAAUGAGAUUCCCGAUUUAUCGAACUAUACAGCUACGUAUCAAAAUGGUCGGCAGGCCUUGGAAAGGCUCGCGAUCCGCGUACGAAGAAACGACUCGGAUAGCAAUGGAAAGCUAGCGGAUAGACUUUACGAAGCUGCACAAGCAGUCGAUUCAUUCUAUGGGUUUUUAAAAGACUUCGACCGGAACGUCACCGCAGGAAAGGAUCAUGUACUGUUUACUCUCCGUCAAUUCAACAAUACGCCACGUCCAGUGCCGAUCUACCCAGGAAUCGAACGACUUGAAGAAAGACAGUUUCUCGUGAAGCAAUUUAUUCAGCACCUUGGACCUUUAAAGGUGGAUUUCAAGCCACUCUACAGCGCUACUGCUGCGUUGAACAAUGGACUCCAAAACCUCAAUAAAACGCUGUUUGACCUCAACGUUGUUUCUGGAAACGGUCUGGGCGAUGUUAAGACGAAGUUUUCUCCUCUAUUCAACGGGUCGAUGCAAGCUUUAGCUAAGACCGAAACGAAUCCUCAAUUCUGCGAUGUUGAGACGACGUCUUCAUUCUCAAAAUGGUUUAAGCGAGCGGAAACCGAAAAAAUUCUUGAACUCUGCAAAGUCAACGACUAUUGGAUAUCGGAUCUUGAGCUGUUCAAAAUCAUCGCCCAGCACUACAAAGAGCACUGGAAAGGGUUGAAGGACGAUAUGCAGAUCAUCAAAUAUCUACAAGGGAAUAUUACUAAUGUUCCUGCUGUUUCCGACGCUGAUACAAUUAUAAUCAAGGAUCACUAUGCCCAUCAAUUCAUAGAGGAUUACCAUAGGUUCAUGAUUGCGAACAAGAGUUCUUCUGAGACCGAAUCUUGA